AUGGAUGACGAUGACUACUGGAAUAAUAGUGAAACCAAAGCAAAAGCAUUUAGUUUUGAUGACGAUGUUUUGUCAACUCAAGAAAUUCUUGCUAUUGGUCAAAAGCCAUAUUCCGGACAAUCAAAUGAUGUACCAUUCAGUUCUACAAUUGUUAAUAAUACCAAGCGCAAUCUCAUCCCACUGAACACCCUUAUUUCUCCUAAAGUUCUUGACUUAAUUGUCUUAGCCCAAUCAGGAAAAGAUCCUAAAGAUAAAAUUCCGGAAAAUAUUGACACCACAGUGGCAACAUUGAAAAGAUUAAUUUUAGGUCGCAGUUGUUUUUUACAUGUCCAUAGAAGCUUAAAGAGUAAGACUGAAUUACUUGAUGGGGCAGUAGCUUUGGGUGAUGGAAAUGCUAUUUUAAGUGUUGUACUUUUUCUAAUUCAGACAUUAAACAAAAAGGUUGUUCAUGAAUUAUUAUCGUCAAGACCACUGGCACUGAAUCACUACAUUAGCUAUUUGCGGAGUGAAUGCAAAAUAACGGAACUCACUGAUCUACUCACAAUGCUAGGCAGAAGUCCUGAAGCUGCGGUGUACCAAUUCCAACAUAUAGUAAAGACACAAGGAAACAGCGUAGAUGGCUUAUUACGCAAACUAAAUAAUGUCUUAUCAAAUCAUUUUAAUCAACCUGGUAUCGAUACUCAUAGUACUAAAAUGUUAACGGAUUACAUUAAGUUAUUGGAAUGGCAGAAAUACGUAAACAAAACUGAACUUAAUAAUAAAUCGGUGUUAGAAUGUCUAACGCAUUGCUGCCAGUUGCACUGGCAUGAAGGGGCUGGGAACAUGAUGUCACCUUUGACAUUGUGUCAAAGACAACAGAUUACACCACUUCAAUAUGACUGGGUUGUGUUAAAUGUUCACGCGAAUUCCAAUAAAUGGGACAUAGUGGAAUCAUUAUUUACGAAAAAGGACUGGCUCGGCCGUACAACUGUAUCUUCACAUAUUCCAAUAGAAACCUUACUGUCACAGUUGAAUGAACUUCAAGCGAGCAAACGAAUGAUGGCGACUUGUCUUAACAAAAUACAGAACGGCGAUGAAAAAUUACGACUGGCUUAUAAAUAUAAGAUACAUUCAGUAGUGAUAGAAUCUCUAUUAAAGCAAAAAGACCGCACGGCUCUUACUAACUAUAAGAUGACACUCAGCCCCCAGUCAGAAGAAUAUAUACUUGCUGAAAACACUUUGAGGGAACCUUCCAUCAAAUGGAAGAAUUAA